AAACAUUCAGAAGAAAUACCCCACAGUUAUUUGUUGCUAUAACUUGGCAGCAUCAACAAUUUAAAGAGUGCACUCCACUCCCUCUUCUAUCAAAGCUCAGCUCCCCACUAAACUAAAGAUUACAGAGAGAGAGAGAGAGAGAGACAGAGAGAGAGAGAGAGAGAGUCUACCAUAAGAAUAGCCUUGAAUACCUGGAAAAUGGCAGUAAGACUCCUAUCAAAUGACCUUGAAGAUGAUGAAUACAUUGACAUGGAAGUCAGCUCAUAUUCCAACUUCUUCUGCCAGUCCAUAAACUCUCCUCCGCGCCCAAGAGAGUUUGAGUUCCAAAUGUCUUCAGUCUCUAUGGAAAGAGAGCCCACAACUUCCCCAGCUGAUGAGCUCUUUUACAAGGGGAAGCUCCUUCCACUUCACCUCCCUCCACGCCUACAAAUGGUAGAAAAAUUACUGCGAAAUUCAAAUGCUGUUUAUGAAGACAGAAAAGAUAACUUUGAAGAGUUCUAUAGCACCCCAUUAGCCACUACUGUCACAACACCAACUACAACAAGCACUCCAUUUGAAUCCUGCAAUAUCUCACCUUCUGAGUCCUGUCGAGUUAGUAGGGAGCUGAAUCCGGAAGAGUAUUUCUUUGACUACUCAACAGAAGUAAGUGGCUUCAUUGGUGAAAACCAGAAGAAGUCUUGGACCAAAAAGCUUAAGCUGAUCAAGCAGUCUUCCAUCGGCUCAAAACUGAAGGCUUCCAGGGCUUAUCUUAAAUCUUUGUUUGGAAAAUCUGGUUGCUCAGAUGAGUCCUGUGCAGCUGCAAAAGUUGCUGAUGAAGGGUCAGUUUCAAAAGCAAAGGAAAGAUUGGAUAGAGACAUGAAGGCAACAAAGAAAAAUCCAUUUGGACAAAUCCAGCACGACAAGUAUCAAACCUCAACUGCGGUCAUGAGGAGUUUUGACAACGAAAAAAUAACAGUGGACAAUGCCAAUCGCCAUAGGAGAUCGUUUUCUCUGGCUAUCAAACGACAUUCAACAAACAAGUCUUCAUCCUCUUCAUCAUCAUCUGGCUCUUCUUCAUCUUGCAGCUCAAAUGCCUCAAAUGGUUUUCAGUAUUUGCAGUUUCUGAAAAGAAGCAGCAGUGUGAAUGCAGAGAUUGAGAAUCCAAUUCAGGGAGCAAUUGCACAUUGCAAGCAGUCUCAGCAGUUGAUGAGGUCAAGAAAGACUGUCAGUGAAGUGGGGUUCUACUCAUUGUCAGCUUCAAGUAUUGCAGUUUGCGAAGAUCAAGAGAGGCCAGACCUUUGCAGGGGCUGAGAGAGAGACAGAUAGAGAGAGAAUUCCAUGACCGGAUAUAAAUUUUAGUUUUGUUUCUGAUGCUUAUCUAUUUCCCUCUAUUUUUCUAUCUCUUAAUUUUGAUAGGGGCUAUGCUUUGAAUCAGAACAAGAUUUGUAAAGGCUGAAAAAUUGUCUUGAUCCGUUAAGACCAUAAAGAUCUAUGGAAGUUUCUUGCAAUGAUCAAGUGAAUUCCUCAAAAUGAACAAAUAUACACAUAUCUCUUUGCAUCAACUUAUUGCAAGUACCAGAGUAUUCAACAAUCUCAGUUUAUAUCUCUCAUUUCUAUACCAAACUUGCCCAAGAUUAACAAUCAGGAUCGAGUAAGGAUAGCUGUCCUCUUUGCCUACAUUUGUUUCACUUUGCAGAUUUGAUAUCCCAAGUUUCAAUUAGAUAAAAAACUCAGAUAUGAUGUUGAAACAUCAUUAAACAGGAAUAUGGUACAUCAUAAUAGAUCAAGAUAAUAUCAUUUUAUUUGUCU